UCCUACUAUACCGUAAGCAAGUGUUUACGAAUUGGAGAUUGCAGUGUUAGGCUUAUAUAACCUCGAAUAUUUUCUUAGUGUAUACCGUAAAAAUUCACAGUGAUUGCUUAUAAUCAAUCGAGUGAUGGAAAGCUUCAGAGAUUUAAUUAGAGUGAAAAAAGAACCAAAUGAAAUUUUGCCAGAUGUAGACGACGAUUAUAAUUUCAAUUCGAUGGAUUCUUACCAAGUCAAAAACUUUGAAGCACCUCCAGUCUUCAAAACAUCAGAAAAUCAAAUGAACGAAAAUAUUGCUUUACAAAAAAAGUUGGAUGCAAAAAUAUCUAUAGAAUUUGAGUGCAAAGAUGUUAAAGUUGAACCGACGCCUCAAUCGACAGCUAUCUGCAAAUCUGAGCUUCAAAAUUUUCAACCUAUUAUAGUUAAAAUGGAAAACGAAAAUCAGAUCAAUGACGUGAAUGAAAAUAUAUUCAUUGAUUUGGAAUGCAAAAAUGUGAAAUUUGAACAAAAAACCAUCCACAAAACUGAAUAUCAGUGUAAUCUACCUAUUGUGAAAGUAGAAAAUCAAUUUCAGAUGAAUCUGGAUCGAAAAACUUAUCUGGUGUAUAUGAUCUUGUUGCAAGGUUUUCAAGUGUGAAAUUUGCUGCAGAUCUUUUACAAUAAAAAGUUAUCUCAAGGUUCACAUAAUGACGGUACAUAAGCGGAACAAACGCUGAGAGCAUGAAAUUUGGUCCUAAA